CACGAUUAACCGAGCAGCAGGGACCCAUAGCUUCGUUUCCCGCCCGUGGGAUCCAAAGAUGUCCUGCUUGGGCUUCGCGCUGGCGUCCUCCCGGCUGAUCGGCAAAGGAUCGCUGGAGGUGGGGCAUAAUGCUCCAAACCAAUGGCGGCUGAGUAAGAGCGAUGCAGAGGUUCGGAAGGAGGCCCAGAGGCGGGCGAAGGAGCGGAUUCCGGGGCGACCCCUGGUCUUCUUGGAGAUCGAGGUGGCCGGGCAUCCCGCUGCUCGAGUUGUGUGUGAGCUUUUCUCUGACAUCGUGCCCAAGACCGCAGAGAACUUUCGCUGCCUUUGCACCGGCGAGAAGGGCCUUGGGCUGGCAGGCAAGCCGAUGCACUUGAAGGGAAACGCUUUCCAUAGGGUGGUCCCAGGCUUUGCGGUCCAAGGUGGCGAUAUCACCCGGGGCGAUGGCACUGGCGGAGAGUCGAUCUACGGCAGCACCUUCGAGGACGAGAGCUUCGACUUGUCCCAUGACACGCCUGGCCUGCUGAGCAUGGCGAACAGAGGGCCCAACACAAACAAUUCCCAGUUCUUCAUUCUCACGAAGGCAUACCCCAAGCUGGACCUGAAGCACGUGAUCUUCGGUCGCGUUAUCGAGGGGAUGGUCACCAUCCGCCGUAUAGAGGAGGUGUGCGGCACCGCGGAUGCUGGAUCCGAGCUUUGCCGGGCUCAAAAGCACCACGGCGUGUUGUCCUUCCGGCCUGGGCUGGGCGACGCCAAGUCGAUCAUCAGCGACUGUGGCGAGCUAAAGGAGGACGGAGAGGAGCCGCAGGCGAAGAAGCUCAAGACCUUGCCUGCCGAGGUCCAUUUGUUCCACCUCCUCAAGAAAUUCAAGGGCGCAAGGAAGGAGGAGACCUGGCGAGGUGAAAAUGUCACCAUGACCAAGGGCAAGGCCAAGUUGGUGCUGGAGAACCUCAGGAAGAGGCUGAUAGCAGCCACGGACAUGCCGUUCAUGUGGGGCCGACUCGCUAUGGUGAGCCUGCCUGGGCUUGUUUUCGUAGAGUUGGCUCGGGACCACUCGGAUGAUCCCACUGCCAAGAAUGGUGGUGACCUGGGAAAGGUGGAGCAGGGCAGCUUGCACCCUAAGGUGGAGGCUGUGGGCUUUGCUCUGCAGAAGAACGCGGUUUCAGAGGUCUUCGAGGACGAGUUUGGUAUGCACCUGCUCCUGCGUUCGGAUUGAGCGCACGAUGGUCGCGAGCGUAUGUGGUUGGAUCGCUUUGGAAAGGCUAGAUCCGAGCAUCUGAGUGUGGGUUGAAGCGGCCAAUGCUGAAGAUUCGACCUGGGAGUUGG